AUGGCCUUUUUAAAAACAACUCUCUCUUUUGGCUACUUUGGAAGCAUAUGUACUUGCAGAUUCUUAGUGCGUGUUGUUCCUUUCUUAUUUUCUUUCUCAGGAGAGUUGUAUUGYUCUUUGCCCAACCCUAGGAAUGUCCGUUUUGAAUCUAUAAACAUGAAGAAUGUCCUUCACUGGUCAUCACCAGAGGGCACAGGCAAUGGAGUACUCUACAGGGUGAAAUAUUCAGUAUAUGGUGUUGGCAAAUGGAUUAGAAAGCCAGAAUGCAGGAAUAUAAACAGAACRUGGUGUGACCUCUCCAGUGAGACCUCUGACUACGAAGAACAAUACUAUGCAAGCGUUAAAGCCUUCCUAAAUGGGAUGUGCUCUGAMUGGGUGGAGACCACACGGUUCAACCCUCUUACAGACACUAAAAUUGAUCCACCCAUGGUAAGUGUAUCUUCUACUGACAGAUCUAUUUCAAUUAUUCUGGCUGUUCCUGAGAAGUGGAAGAGAAGUCCUGAGGARGAAUCCAUAUCUCUGCUUCAAGUGUAUCCUGGCUUACAGUACAAUGUGUCUGUCCUCAACAAAAAAACAAAGAAGAGGUGGUUCUUCUCCAUCAGCAACAACACCUUGGUUGUGCCCUGGUUAGAACCUGGAACAGCUUAUUGUGUCAGUGCACAGAUACAUGUCACCACACCGCUUUUGGACAGUGGCUUUUCCAAAGAACAUUGCAUUGCUACAUUAAAAGAUAAAAGAGAAGAUGAGACUAUAACAAUCACAUUUGGAUAYGUUAUGCCUACCAUGCUGGCUCUCCUUUUUAUUUCAGUGACAUGCUAUUGUGUGCAUAAAUAUAUUCACGUCCACAAACAAAAACAUCCAACAAACCUGGUAUGGCAGUACACUGACAAAUGCAAGGAACGGGUUUUUGUACCAAGUGAGAAAAUAGUGCUCAACCUUAUCACUUUUAAUGGGGAUGAUUAUAAGGAAUCCCAUCAACUGUCAGAAAGGAGAAGUCCCCAUUACUGCACUGUUUACAGCGACACUGAAGAGAAGGAUUUGCCUUCUAAACAACUGCUGAAAGCAAAAUAUUUGCUUGAAAUUUCACAUGAAGAGACUUCACACAAAGAAGAUACUUCAGUGGAAGGGGACCAAACUGGAAACUGGACAUCUUGUGGCCAUUGUGGAACACAGACGAGUUUGAGGGAUAAAAAUGCAGGGGUUGUAGAGUAUGAACAUGAUGUAAGGACUGAAGAAUUCAGUGCUGGUCAGAAACCAGAAGAGAAGUUUUCUGCYCCCAGGGUGCUACAGGGUAAGUCACAGAUUGCUUUGGGGGAUGUGGUUGAUACGGAAACACGACAGCCAUAUUCCCCCCAACUCGAAAUAAGGGUAGCAGGCGAACAGAAAACAGAUGAACUUAAUUUGAAGGUGGCUGACACAGCAGAUGAACUGCCAGGUGAGACCCAUAUCAGCUUCAUGGACCUGGAUACUGAAAAAUCUGGGCAGACAUCCUAUCAUCAGCUGGAAAAAAUCACACGGGGCCUCACAGAGAAAGAAGGUGAGCAGACCAUAUUAGUUGAUUGGGAUCCUCACAGUGGAAGACUGUAUAUUCCUACUUUGUCCAGUGUUGAAAAUGAGGUGUGCGAAGGAGUGUUCAAGUGUGAUGAUCCUGAGAAAGAAGGAAGUUUGCUCAGACUGUAUGAGAGAGAGGUAUCUGAGAAAUCAUCUGAGGACCAAGAAAUGUAUCUCCUGCAGUUCAAGGAGCAAUGGGGACUUCAUAUAGAAAUGGAAGACUGAAAAGUCAUUUUCUAAAAUAUUCAAAACUGCAAAAUCUUGUUUAUUUUGCUGAAGAGAGUGAUGGACUCAGAAACAGAUGUUAUAAUGUACUAAAGUUUUUGGAACUAUCACAGUUGAACAAUUUAUUCAUUAUAUGUUAUUUAUAACAGUUUCCAGAUGUGAUAUAAAUUAUUUUGACUUGCAUCAUAAACCUCUUUUGUAAAAUAAGAUGGUUGUGAGGUUAUAUUCUUUUUUAAAAAAAUAAAAUAAUAAAAGAAAUAAUAUUUAAAAAUAAAUAUUUUUACAGAAGAUGCUUCCUCCUUGCAAUUCCUGCAAAAACAAAUCACCAGCAGUUAUUUUUAGGGGAAAAAACCAACAAAACAAAAAAAAAAAAGGGAAAAGCUGUAGGACCAAGGGGGUUAGUGAAAUGCUUGUAGUCUUACUGGCUGGACCAUGUCUUGCCCAGCCUUUGGCACGGGCAGUAGAGCAUCUGUGUGACUCGUGCUCUGAAAGUGUCUGUUCCUCUCUGCUGGCUUUGAUUGCAGUGUGGCAGGACCAUCUCAGAGGUCUUGCAAGAAUCUCUCCAUGUUGUACUUUAAUCACAAGUGCUGUUAACUAGGAAGGUGAAGUCUUUUCAAGAACAAG